GCAGUCAUCGAUACCCAGGUCGGCUGUCGGCGCAGCAAGAAAAGUGGACAUGGCCGUGCCAAAGCUUGGGAUCAGUCUGGUUGAGGGAAACCGAGAUAAGGAGACAGUGGGUAUAACUGGGUCGUCCAAGCCUCUCAGCGCGCGUCGGCCCAAUCGUCGCAAACCUAGGGGCAUCGUGGGAAUGAGCUUGGUGUGCUAUGAUAACAUGAGUGGAUCUAUGGCUCCUAGGCGAUGAUCGAGAAUCAAGCAGCGCCUAGGUAUAUUGUACCAUCGAGUCAUAACAGCGUUGGCGAGCUGAAAAGAAAUAUGUUGAACGCAUACCACGAUGAAAAGAUUAGUCGCAUGGUGUUGCGGCUGUUCGUGGUUGCGAUAGUGGCGAACAAGAGGCUGAAAACCCUUGAAGGGCCGGUAAAGCUUAUUUUCGCAAGCCCGGGAGUCCCUGCGCUUCCCAAGGUCCCAACAACAAUGCGACGCCAGGAGAUCGGAGCGGAUGUUUCGGUGUCGCUCGCAUCGUCACAUGCUGAGGCGGCCGUGUACGAGUCCUGUAGGAUCAAUACGGCGACUUGCCAUGGCCAUGACGUCGCGCGUGGAUGGUGUGUUCUAAUUCUGUUCGUAUCUCACCACCAGCCAAUACGAGCGUCUCCAGUCUCCACAAUGUUCGCGACCUGGAGGUAUCAAUAGCGUGGAGCGCGUCUUCCCAACACUUCCGGGUGUAUCGCAAUGUCUUCGUCACCAUCUUCGUAAGACGUGCUCGCUCUAGCAACCAUGGCUUGUAUCCUUGCAUUCGACCCCUCCUAGACCCUUGGCUCCACUGUCAUUACUCAGUGCAUCACGUGCACCU